ACUGUUAUCUUGCCUUGUGAAAGAACAGGAGCAUUCGCGACUGCCUGCAAGAACCGAAACUGUGUUUCUACACCGAACCUGGAGACCAGCCGACGGGCAUAAUACGGACUAAAGCGAUGGCGAGAAAAAAAAGCAAGCAGCAGGGCGUCGGGGCCAAGGAUUUAGUAUCGGGACAGCAGCAGUCGAAGAAGCCCGGCGAUGCGGGAGCAGCAGCGGCAGCGGCGGCAGCAGGAGGCGGCGCUGGCGGCGGAGGAGAUGCAGGAGCGAGCAGGACCAAUCAGUCCAUGCACACCUGCUGCUUGCUGUGCCAUCGGGAGUUUAAAGACUGGGGGGCAGGCCAGGUGAACGGGCUCCCCAGUCACGGGUCCAAACUGGCAGAGGCUGUACCUGCGCUCUCCCAGGCCCUGCUGAGGGAGGUUCCAGGCCGCAAGCUGGCAGACGCCGUGCCUUCGCUCUCCCAGUCGCUGUUGGGUGAGGUGCCGCUGUGGAUCUGCCAGAGCUGCAGGAAGAGUGUGGAAGAGGAGGAGAGGAGAACGAUUCAGGAGCAAACUGCGCAGGUUCCGCUGUCCCACUCGUCCUCAGAGAAGGAGAGGGCUCUUCAGGGCAGUGUUGAGGCAGCCAGCAGCGAACCCCGCUCGGCAUCUCCCCCCGACCCCGUAGAAGAUUCGACUCCGGACGGGGAAGCGAACCGACUGUUGGAGUGGCCUCAGCUGGAGCUGGAGCGAGUUAACAGUUUCCUGACCAGCCGUCUGGAGGAGAUCAAAAACACCAUAAAAGACUCCAUACGUGCCUCCUUCAGCAUGUACGACCUCAACCUGGACGUCAACGACUUCCCGAAAAAGGCGGCGACACUGGAAGGAAACCAUCUGCUGUCUCACCUCAAUGGAUCUUCUGAUUUGCAGCAGAUAGACUUGGAUCUGGCGCCUCUCUCACUGAGGAACUUCAAGAGAGACCUGGAUAUAGUAAACGGUUGGGAGGACACCACCACUGCAGCCAAAGACAUCCAGAGGCUCCACUCCACGCCAAGUCUUUCCAAGCUCAUCCGUGUGCAGUCACCAGAACGAAGCCCAGCCACGGGUUCAGAGUCCAUCCAGCCUGGCACCGCAUCUGCUGCCAAGCCCAGCGAUGCGGCCCUUGAAACCAAGCCCACAACUGGCGCCGGAUCCAAGACAAAAAAGGGUAAGAAACAGCAGAAUCAGAGGCACCAGGAGCAGGCAACUCAGGAGCAGGUGACCAGUAUAAAAAUGGCAAAAACUGAGAUGCACAAAGCGCAGGAAACAAGGGCCGCUGAUUCAGAUAAAAGCACCAAAGGUGGAUCCAAACAGAACCACCAGACUCAGCAGCAGGCAUACUCACAGAAAACAGGAAAUAAGAGAGCAGAAGAGGUCAAAGCUUGCAAGCAGUCAUCCAAUGGAGCCUCAAACGGUCACCAUAAUACAGGGUCUAACACGCAGAGGGGGAAGAACGACCUCUUGGAGGCACGGGGAAACAGGUCGGAGCAUGACGUAGACACUAAAACCAACUCCAACACUUCCAGUUCACAGCAGCAAGCACAGCAACCGAAGGGAAAGACUAAAAAUAAGAACAAAAACAAGACGGAAAAAUCGAAUAACGCAAUCGAUGAUGUGUUCCUUCCCAAAGACGUCGACCCUACGGAAAUGGACGAGAUUGAUCGUGAGGUUGAAUAUUUCAAGAGGUUUUGCCUUGACUCUGCUAAACAAACCCGACAGAAGGUGGCUGUGAACUGGUCUAACUUCAGCCUCAAAAAGAUGCCCUCAAAUGCAGCUCAGUAACAGAUGGGUGAUGGUAAACAGAGCUCCCCUCCCAGCAAGACUGUACUAAAAACCAGUUUGGCCUUUGGUUACUGUACUUAACACCUGAUGGGCCUAAGGUUUCUCCCUCUCACAGCCCUUUCUGCCUCUAUGCCACGGGACCUUGAUUUGACCACCAGUCAUCAAACACGUUUUCAUUUGACCUGUUGUUCACGGGGGAUCACACUGCAUCCUGAACUCAGUCCGAGAACUUGCAUCCUGUUAUCGCUAAAACACGUUCGGGUACUGAUCCAGUGCAUCUACAUGCUUUAUAUGUCAUAUGUACACAGUUGUUUUACAAUAAAAAUGUUUUAAAUUCA